AUGCGCCUCAAACUAGUGUGAGUUUGUUUUCCAUCAAAAACCGAUUCGAUGCACACUUUUUCAGUCGGAAAAAUGUCAAUUUUCUGAUUGUGCUCCUCCCGUGCCUCGUGCUCUUUCUCGUUUUAGUCUACAAUACGAACGAGGCGUCGUGGCGAAGAGUCCGAAUGGAAAAAGCAGAAAUUCGUGAAAUCUUUGGCCACGUGGACGCGACGAACAAUGUGAUGAACGUGUGCGCUCUGCCGGUCUACGACGUUUGGCAUCCGACAAUUUUGGAGCACUGGAGCAAUUAUUCGGAGCCGCAAUGCGAUCGGCACUUCCGUCCCUACACGUGGCUCGUCAACGGAACAUGGGGCAUCGCGGACGAGCGCCAGGGAACCAACUGCUCCGCGAGGUUUUCCGGUCGAUGCAUAGAAAGACAAUAUCCGCUUUGCAGAUGCUUUGAAUCGAGAUCCGGAUGGUUUCCGCCCGGCAACACGGACUGUCACUUCCUCGAGACGGUUUGUUGGGAGGGAUCCGAAGAAGUCUACGGAUACAUUCACACUCAAGUCAUUCCAAAGUGCGCGCCACGUUUUCUUCUUCUUCUUCUUCUUCUUCUUCUUCUUCUUCUUCUUCUUCUUCUUCUUCCUCUUCUUCUUCUUCUUCUUCCUCUUCUUCUUCUUCUCCCUCUUCUUCUUCUUCUUCUUCCUCUUCUUCUUCUUCUUCUUCUUUUUCUUCUUCUUCUUUUUCUUCUUCUUCUUUUGCUCCCUGGUCCCAACCGAUCGACGCUUUCAGACGAAUCAACAACACGACCGCUCGCACUCGGAGCCUUCCCAACGUCUUCGUCUUUCUGAUGGACUCGAUGAGUACGGGAAUGGCGAGACGGGACCUGCCGCGCACGCUCUCGAUCCUCAGGGACCGUCUCGCGGCCGUCGAGUUCCCGUUCGUCAACAAAAUCGGCGAGAAUUCGAAGCCGAACGCGUUCGCCCUCUGGUUUGGUGAGUGGAAAAUGGAUGACGAUUCAUAAUAGCGGAUUAUUUAAGGCAAACACAUUCAUAUGCACAAUAAACAAGGAAGCCAAGUGCUGAAUGCCGACUGGAAUGAGACGGAACACUGCAAAAAGAGGUUGGACGACAGACAACACUUGUUCAAGGACUACGCCCAACACGGAUACGUGGUACACUCUCAGCUACACAGUAGUCUUGGGAGUGGCGGUGCAAAAAAAUUGUCAACUAACAAAAUAAAGCUCAUGUUGAGCACUUUAUUUUUGUAGUUGACAACUUUUUUGUAUCAUCACUCCCUGGAGUACUGUAGCUUUUUGAAGUGGACAUUGAAAUUGGUAUGCUCUAUACUUGCCCCAACUUCCAAGAGCUACAGUACUUUAAGGAGUGGUUUUGGAAAAAAGUUGUCAACUAACAAAAUAAAGCUCAUGUUUAGUACUUUAAUUUUGUAGUUGACAACUUUUCUCUAUCAUCACUCCCUGGAGUACUGUAGCUUGUCAAUUUCAGACAAUGCUCCAAGACGACUGGCUCAUCUACCCACUUGACAAAUUCCCCAAUUGUCGUGGAUUCGAGAAACCGCCCGCCGAUUUGAAUAUUGUCAAUCUUUUGAAAAUAUACGAAUAUUAUGGAGCCGCAAAAACACGCGAGCAUUUGCAAGGAGACCUGUGUCGACAGCUGCACCAUUCGAUUCUCGAGCACUUUGAGCAGUUUGUGGACGCCUAUGAGAGUGAGUGCGGAUGUUUGAGAGGCUACAGUAAUCCUGCCGGCACAGACGUUCCCAAGUUCUCGUGGAUGUGGUUGAGCCAUCCGGCUCACGACACAUUCAACGGACUCGGACAGGUGGACGGAGCGCUCGCAGAGUUUUUCGAGAAAAACCAAAAAGUGAUGGACGAGUCGUUUGUCUUCUUUUUGGGCGAUCAUGGAUUUCGAAAAGGCACGAAUGCGGUGAGCGGAUAUUGCGAAUUCGACAAUAUUUCGCCCCCUUUUUUCAGAUGUUUCUGUCCGAAAUUGCCGCACUGGAGCGGGAUAAUCCGUACCUGUCGAUUGCGGUGCCGAAAAAGUAUCGGACGUCGCUUCUGGAGACGAUGCGAACGAAUUCGGCGCAAUUGCAGACGCACUUUGACACAAGGGCCACACUUUUGGAUAUUGUGAAGGUGUGCGAGCGGUCCACUCGCCGACUGGACCACUCUUUUUCAGUACCAACCACUCGCCAACUUCACUGCUCGCGAUUGGCUGCCGAUGCACGGCGAGAAGGGACAUUCUUUGGUGCGCGCGCAGCCGAACACUCCGAGAACGUGUGGCCGACUUCCGAUUCCCAUGCAGUACUGUAUUUGUCGCACCGAAAGUGUCGAGGUUACCGAGUGAGUCGACUGUCUGGAGUAGUGUCAACUUUCAAGCGCUACAGUACCUCGGGGAGUGGCGGUACAAAAAUGUUGUCAACAAACAAAAUAAAGCACAUGUAUAGUACUAUAUUUUGUCUGUUGACAACUUUUCUCCAUCAUCACUCCCUGAAGUACUGUAGCCCGUGGAAGUUUGAGCUUAACCUUCAAAUUAGCCCCAACUUCCAAGCGCUACAGUACUCCAGAGAGUGAUGCUAGAAAACAGUUGUCAAUUACAAAAAUAUUUUACUAAUUUCAAACAAUACUUUGUCUGUUGACAACUUUUCUCCAUCAUCACUCCCUGGAGUACUGUAGCCCGUGGAAGUUUGGGCUUGAUCUUCAAAUUGGUCCCAACUUUCAAGAGCUACAGUAAGCCAGAGAGUGAUGCUGGAAAAAAGUUGUCAACUACAAAAAUAUAGAACUAAACAUGCUCUUUAUUUUGUCUGUUGACAAUUUUUUUCAAAAACCACUCCCAGACGUGAAGUUUUGUUGACAAUCUCAAGUGUUGCAGUGAGGCAGUGCGAGCGCAGUUCGGUCAGCGACUCAUCGAUCACGUUCAUCAAGAAUUGGCCGAAUCGAAUUUGACGCAGCUGUGUGAUGAGUUUGAACUCCAUGAGGUAGCUUAUAGACAAUUUUUAUUGAAGGAUUUGAGGCCUCAAUGCAAUUUUUCCUUUAGAAACUUGCUAAUUUUGAGUAGUGCUCAGAAAAAAGCCUAUAACUCUGGAAUGAAACGUUUUCAAGGAAAAUGAUCAAUUACAAAGUUGUUUAGCAUGCAAUUUUCAACAUUUUUUCAGUUGACAACUUUUUGACAAACUCAUUGGCUCUCGAGAUAUAGGCCCCCAAAAGUUUGGCUUUUUUUGCAGGUGCUGAAACUGAAGUUUAACGGCGUCGACAAGUACAAUAUAAUAAUUGAGACGAAGGAGCCGAUUUACGCAAUGUUCGAGACAAAAUUCACGUAUUCCCCAGACACGGAUAUUGUCAAAUUCGAACAAGUGCUGCGGGCGGACACGUACGGAACGAGUGCCGACUGCACAACUCCCGUCAAGUUUGACUAUCGAUGUCAUUGCAAACAAUGAUCAUUUCUGUCCAUUUAUUCUUGUUAUUGUUGUUUUCCGGUUUCGUACACAAAAAAAUUGAAAAUUCACCGUUGAAAAAUGAAUAUUAAAGACGAAUAAAAAGCGCUCUGAUUUCUUAAUUUUCGCCGCUUUUAGUGGCCGCUAUUAUCUCACCAAAAACACGAAUUUUACGAUAAAAAAUUGGUCGCACCCCGAUUUCUAUUCAUUUUAUUGCGUUUUUGAGUCUGUUUUGUCCAGCAAUUGUGGAGAAUUUGCUGAAAAAUCCGAAAUAAAUAGUUUUGCAACGACACUCCGAAAUGCCGCGUUGGCUCCUUGUUUAGCGUACGCUUGAACACUUUCAUUUUGCGCUAAAAAAGAGGGUCUUUUGCGUCUUUUGAUGUCUAACCUUUUUUUCUGAUGAAUCAUAUUUUAGAGCGACACUUUUGGUCCCAAAUCGAUCAUCUCAUGAUUUUGUCAGGUACGUACAAAAUUUUGAUCUAUUGUAGAUCCGCGAGUUUUGAGGCCAUAUCGAUGUGGUUGGAAACAUUUGAAGUUCCGCUCAAAACGCGAAGAAAUACAAUAGCGCAAAGUUAUUCAAAUUUUCAGACUACUAUUUUCGGUAAAACACUCUCAAACACUGAAACAUGACGUAUUUUGCAGACGAUGCGGCCAAAUUUAAUCAAAAAUGGACACACAAUGUCCCUCUUGUCCCCUAAUCCAAAAAAAAGCGCAUUGUAUUUCGGGACCCAACGGGAAAGUUGGAAUUGGCAAUAAUUGGCAACAGUUGGACGCUGUCAUGAUCUACAGUACACUACAGUACUCUUAGAAGUGAUUUUUGGGAAAAAGUGUCAACUACAAAAUUAAAGUACAAGUCUUGUGCUCCAUUUUUGUAGUUGACAAUUUUUUUCUACAACCACUGGUUGGAGUACUGUAGCGCUUGGAAGUUAGACGCGCCUAAAAAGUGAGUAAAUAAUUUCCACAAGCUACAGUACCCCAGGGAUUAAUUUUACAAGAAAAUUGUCAAGUACAAAGAUAAAGUACAAGUCUUUUACUUCAUUUUUGUAAUUGAUCAUUUUCUUCUAACACCACUCCCAAGUGUGUUGUAGCCUUUUGAAAAUACAAUAACAACAUAAAGGCGUUGAGUCACAUUCGCGUCGAGAAAAGAAUCAAAAAGAGGCAACUAUAGUUGGUGCACGACGAAAAAAAAUCGUUUUGCCUCACUCAGUUUAUUGGAAAAAAGAGAAAGGUCACCGGAACUUUCACGGGUUUCCGAACAUUUUGUCACUUUUUUCGACGAUGGAAAAUUAGUUUUCCAUGAAAAUGCGACUAAAUUUGCAAUCGCCGAAUAUCAAUUUGAUUCGAAAACGUUUAAUAAUUCUCUGUUUAUUCUUGACAUUGGUUCUUCUGCUUUUGAAGCCGUCGUCGCCGAAACCGGAUCAUGGUAUGUUUCUGUAAUUUAAACAUGUCUUUAAAUUAGUUUUUCAGACCCGAAUGCGCCAAUUUCGGCGGAAAGAAAAGUGGAAAUCUAUGAGCGAAUGAUCGAAGAAUUCAGAAGACGUGAGCGAGAAAAUGUGACCAGGGACACGAUUUAUUAUGAGAAAAGGCCCGAAACGGCGCAUGUGGACUGUGGACGAGUGCUCAGAGGGGACAAGGUGAGGAAAUCGAGUAUUGUAGAGUUCUGAAGGGUUUUAUGGUUUUCGAAAAUUGUUUUAUCAAAUUCUUGACAUCUAGUAGGGUUUUUACUACUGUAGCUCUGGGAAGUUAGGCAUAACCAGAGCAAUUGAUUUAUUGAGUGUCUACUUCCAAGCGCUACAGUACCUUUAGGAGUGGGUGUAGAAAAAAGUUGUCAACUAAAAAAAUGUAGUACAAGGUGUAAGCUUUAUUUUUGUAGUUGACAACGUAUUUGUAAAACCAAUGCCCAGGGUACUGUAGCUCAUGGAAGUUCACAUACAAUAUUGGCUAUUGUCAACUUCCACGAGCUACAGUAGCCUUGGAAGUAAGUGGAAAAGAUGUAGAAACUUGACAUAACGCAAUCAAAUUUCCAGGAGUACACGUCCUCGGUGUCGCGUGUUCCCCUCAUUCCGGACCCGUCCCUGGACAUGUCCUGUCCGGCGGUCCGUCUCCGAAUCUCCGCGCGCGCCGAUCGACUGGCGCCGCUGAAAAACGGCGUGGCGUUCGCGCGGAUCGUCUAUCGCGACUACGAAUUCAUCGAAAUGCAAGUGCGCGCCUCCUUUCACCCACGCAAUCUCUUCUGUUUCGCCGUCGACGCGAAGGCCGACGAGACGUUUCGGCGGCGCAUUCAGCACUUUCCACGUUGCUUCCCAAAUAUCAUCGUUCUUCCUGGUAACCACUGUUUUUGUUUUUUUUUUGAGUCACGCGCUGAUUCAGGCGGGAAAAACUCAAUGCAUGAGAGCAGCGCCCAAACGCUGUAGUUUGUAGUCCAAGCAGCUCCGAAAAGGUGUAAUUUGUAGUCUAAGCAGUACCAAAAAAGUGUAGUUUGUAGUCUACGCAGCCCCGAAAUUCAUGAGAGCAGCGCAAAUUCACUGUAGUUUGUAGUCUAAGCAGUGCCAAAAAAAGUGCAGUGUGUAGUCUAAGCAGCUCCGAAAAGGUGUAGUUUGUAGUCUACGUAGCCCCGAAAUUCAUGAGAGCAGCACCCAAAAACUGUAGUUUGUAGUCCAAGCAGCUCCGAAAAGGUGUAAUUUGUAGUCUAAGCAGUACCAAAAAAGUGUAGUUUGUAGUCUACGCAGCCCCGAAAUUCAUGAGAGCAGCGCAAAUUCACUGUAGUUUGUAGUCUAAGCAGUGCCAAAAAAAGUGUAGUGUGUAGUCUAAGCAGCUCCGAAAAGGUGUAGUUUGUAGUCUACGUAGCCCCGAAAUUCAUGAGAGCAGCACCCAAAAACUGUAGUUUGUAGUCUAAGCAGCUCCGAAAAGGUGUAGUUUGUAGUCUAAGCAGCUCCGAAAAGGUGUAGUUUGUAGUCUAAGCAGCCGCAAAAUUCUUGAGAGCACAGCCAAAAAAGUGUAUUUCCAAAUGUUUGUGUUCAGUGACGGAAAGCUACUCAUCGGAAGGACACAACAUCAACGUGGCCUACUACAGAUGCAUGAAAGAAGUGCUGAAAAGGGACGGCUGGAACUAUCUGCUGCUCCUUCAGAAUCACGACGUCAUCACGAAGACGGUCUUCGAAUUGGAGACCGUCUACGCGAUUAUGGACGGCGCCAACGACAUUGAGAUCCGCGAUCCGCCGCCGGACCGACUGCACAUGACGCACACAUUCAAUUGGGAUCCCGAAUCGCUGAAACUCUUCAGAAAUGGUAGAUUUGACAAUUUUUGACAAACAAACCAUCGUUUCCGUUUCCAGAAUCAUCAAUCUCCGCGGAACUUUUGAGAACGCCGUUAAAAUUCGGCAAAGGUGACGUGGAAUCAUCUGUAUCCCGUGCGGCCGUCGAUUGGAUGGCGAAUACGGUCGAUUUGAGCGUUUACAUUGAAAAUUGGAAUCAAAUGGUACCCAAAUUCCCAAUUUUCAUCUACAGCACCCGUUUCUAGGGUUACGGUAACGACGAACUGCUGUUUGCCACGUUUCAAUCGAAUUCGGCGCUCGGAAUGCCCGGCCAUUUCACGCGCGAAUGUUUGGAGCGCGGAAGUGGUACGGAAGCGAUUACAAAGUACGGAAAAGCAGCGAGUACACUGUAGACGUCAACUAAAUUUGAAUGCGACUUUUCAGAAUGAGCCGUUUCAGUCCGAAUCCGUGCGCUUCUGGCGAACGACGGCAUUGGUCGUGCAUUUUCGGAAUCGAGGACUUUCGAACCGCAGCCGCUUUUCCGAAUUUGAUGUUCAAUAAGGUCGGUGGCCGAACUUUUCCUCUUCCAUCACCUUUCGUGGCCUAGAAUUGCGACACGGCCCUGGAAACUAGGUUUCAGACUACAUUGAAUGAAAAUGGCCUAGCUUUUCCUCUUCCACAGCCUAUGUGACCUAAAAUGUUCAUGUUUUUUCUCUUCCACGGCCAAAAGCCCUCACAAUCGCCUCCCAAUGGCCUAGAAUUCCCGAAUGGCCUAACUUUUUCUCUUCCAGAUGAUGCCCACAUUCGACUAUUCGAUUGUGGAGUGUGUGGCCGAACUUUUGCACAAUCGCACAUUUCUAGGCCAACUGGAUCAUCCGCUCAACGAGAAUUACUAUGCGAAUAUGGUCAAUGUGAGUGAGAACAAUGUUUUGUUUGAAAUAUUUCAAAAAAUGUCAGGUUCUUUAUCACAAACAUCAUCUGGAGAGUGGAUAUGAACUGAAUUGCACACCGAGCCACACUCCUUGGGACCAACUGCCGUAUCCAGUCUAG